GGGAGCUGUCCGCUUCAGCACCGCGGCGCCCGAGCGGGCGGCGGCAGCAGCAGCGGGAAGGGAGCGGCCCUCUCCAGCCCAAGGAGCCCACCCACCCCGCUGCCUGGCUGGGGGGAAUCCAUCCCUCCAGCGCCGAGCUGGGGGCGGGCCUGCUCAGCACCACAGGGGACCCGGGAGUGACUUCCCUUUCCAGUCGCGGGCUCCGCACCUCUGGCAGUUUUCGCCGCCGCCGCCGCCUUUGCUUGUCGCUUCAGAGACGGGGAGGGGGCUUGGAGCGAUCUCCUCUUCUCUCCAUCGCCAGUCGUGGGGGAUAUUUCCACCCAGCUGCUUUUAAAGCACCUAUUUCUGUCUAUUCCACCCGCAUCCUCUCUCCCACCUCUUCCUCUCUCUAGCACACACACGCAGACACACACCGUGUUGAUCUCGAGCUCUUUGGAAUUUUUUAUUUAUUUAUUUAUUGCUCUUGUGACAGGCGUCUGGAUCUCCCAGGCUGAACGAAGGACAAGCCGCACGCUUCUGAGCCCGGCGUGCGGGGUCUGGAUCGGGGAUGAGCAGCAGGCGCCUGGCUGGAUCUCAGCCUCAUGCUCCAUCCAAGAGGGGCAGGGAGGAGAUCCCUCGAAACGCAGAAGACCAGCACCUGAGGAGCCCAAGGGGUCCCCCUCCUCUGGUGUGGAGAGCCCGGUUCGUGUAGAGAAAGGGCAGCCCUUCCCCUGCAUGCCUCCGGCCCCCUAGCUCCAGGGGAGUGUGAGCGACACCUUUGCCUUCUUUCUCCCUCUGCCUUGCCUUCCCCUCCGGUUGGCUGCCCACGAUACCAUGCAUCAUUAUGAGGAUGUGUGACAGAGGUAUCCAGAUGCUGAUCACCACCCUGGGAGCCUUUGCAGCGUUCAGCCUCAUGACCAUCGCGGUGGGCACAGACUAUUGGCUGUAUUCCAGGGGGGUGUGCAGGACUAAGUCCACAAACGACAAUGACACCAGCAGGAAAAACGAAGAAGUCAUGACCCACUCGGGCUUGUGGAGGACCUGCUGCUUGGAAGGUAUUGAAACCCAACUCUUUGUUGCCAGCUCUGGGCUCUCCUAGUCUUUUGGAAGUGAGCUGGGAUGGGGUGAAGGGAGGACUGCUGGGACUAAUGUUGUAGCACAGUCAGGGGAAGUGGUGUUGCUUCCAUGGGGAAAGUUUGGCUUUGCCUGAGAGAUGCAGAGAGAACCCACAGCCCUAGAAACUUCCCUUUGGGCCCUUAGAGUCUCAAGCCUUUGCCUGGGUCUGCUUCUAGCUUUGGACUCUGCUCUGACUUCUUUUUGGCUAAACAUUGCAGUGUGGGUCUCAGGACACAACACCGAGGUGGGAAAGGGCUGUUGCACACUUGUGGGCUUCAGACUGGGACAUUUGGUUGACUACUGUGUGAGAACAAGAUGUUAGAAUAGGUGGAUCCAGUUGCAGGGCUCUUGUGAUGCUCUAAUGGUGUCCUGCUCCAUUAUUACAUGUCUAUAUGUUACAAUCUAUGCCAGGAAGACAGGCAAGCAUUAGAUGGUCAGGUAAUGGCAAAGACAAGCCCUGCCCAUUGAGAGAGUAGGAAGGGUGAGAGAGUAGGAAGAAUAUAUUUUCAUGCAUGCUUUGACUCCUGCAAAGAUGGGACUAGAAUUUGUGCCGCAGGGUAGGCUGGGGUGACUGUUUUCUCUGACCAGGGCUCACUUGUUGCAGAGGUGUGUGUGUGUGCAUUUAACAAAAGGUUCCUUGGGAAACUGAUCAUGAACCAAAUGACCAUUGAGGAAGUUGAGGGUUUUUUUGUUUUGUUUUUAGUGUUGUGGUGUUUUAGUUAACCCUCCUUGGCUGUGGAGAUGGUGUGGGCAUCAAGGAGUGUUAUUAGGCAAUGACAAAUACCAGCAUCCGAAGGAGCACUUGGAUUCUGGGUUUCUCCCUUUGUGUUAUUGAAUGUCACCUUCAUUAAGAUCAUGGUGUGAAUCUGGGGGGCUACAAAGGGACUUCUACAAUAUGACAAGAACACUUUAUACUGUCCUCCCUCCCUCCCUCCCUCCCUCCCUCCCUCCCUUCCUUCCUUCCUUGGUCUCCCUCACACUCAGUUUCUCCUGUUGUCACAAUAGUUAUCUGUAUGUUACAAGAGAAAGUGAUUUAAGCCACAUACGUAAAUAAUCCCAGGAGGUUCAUUAUGUUCCCCACCACCACCGUUCCCCACAAGCAAGACUAAGUAGACUAGCACAGCUGCAGGUUUUUAAAAAUGAGCUAAUCCCCACCCCCACCCCACCCUUCUCUCUGUUUCAAGCCACAGAGGUUUGGAGUCUUUCUCUGUCUUUACGCACUGUUGCAAGAGAAUGCUGAUGUGGUCCAUUAGCCCGGUGGUCCUCAAACUUCCAGAGAGCUGGGCCAAAAAGGAAGCCAAAUUUAUCUCUCAAGCUGCCUGUUAUCAGGAGCUUCAGUGAGUCAUCAGGGAAGUGUUCCAUGUCUCUGCCCACUAGUCUUUAACCGCUCCCCCCCCCCCAGCUUGUGUAGGUGGAUAAAUGCAAAGAUCCCACUCUUUGGCAACUGCUGCAUGAAGCAAUGUGGGGAGAGGGUGUUCUCACUGCCCACAGUCCCCUGUCAAUGCCUAUUCCCUGUGUAUCCCCCAUCCAGAAAACCUACUCUAGCUUAUAUAUAGUCUUGGCUCAGCCUUCCUCGUAUCUUUCUGUAGAAGCUUCAUUUCACCUUUUGCAGCUGAUCAUUGCUCCAGGUGGGCCAUGUGAAGAGGUCCAUUGAAGGGACAGGCUGUCUAAUGUCUAUGAGAAAGAGGCAGGCAGCUCAGUCCAAGGUCAAUGGGUACUCAGGCUAAGGAAGGUCAUGAGAGUGAAGGGGGGAGGGGUGGUGGGGGUGGUGGGAGUUCAACCAUCCUUCUCACCUCUAUGCCAGAACAUGAAACAAGGCACACUCCUUUUUCCUGGAGCAACUGAUGGUCAUUCUGUAAGCCAAGGACUUAAGAGAGACAGAAUUCUUCUGCAACCCAAAAUGUCCAAAGGGGGGGGGGGUAAAUAAAAGAGGAAAGGAUGGAGUCACAAACAUUAGUUGGUCCAAUAUUUAUUUAUUUAGACAAUUUGCCCCCCCCCAAAAAAAACAACUAACUUUUUGUCUCAAAAAGACACACAAGGUGACUAUAUAAUCUCAGUCUCAAUUCCUUACACUGGACCAAGCUGAGCGCAUUCACACGGCAUCCAAAUGGCUCUCAGGGGAGAGAAAUUGAGACAACCCCCAUGCUCAUGACUCAAGAGUCCCAAAUACCCGAGUCUUUGGCAUCCACAGUACUCACCAGCAAGGCUAAUUCUAUUGCUCUUGCUGCUAACUGCUGCUCCAAGAUUUGGUUUUAGCAGUAGUAUGUAUCUAGGAGGUAGAUAUUUUCAGGACGCACCUUAUUUCUGUUGUUGCGAGUUGUUUUAAACUGUUUUAACUGUUGCAACCAGCUUAGUGACUUUAGGGUGAAGGGAGGGUGGUGGUGAUGACGUCCCAUUUUCCUAGAGACAGAAAAUUAUGGGGAGGCAUCACUUGGGCCUGCGUCACAACGUAAAUGCCUUGGAGCUUAAGAGAGGCUCCAACAGGCAUGUUGGGCAGUAACUUUCUUCUGAUUGCAGCGAUUGCUUCUGUUGCCAUCAAAUGCUGUGUCAAUUUAACACCUGGCUGUGAAUGGCUUUCUGGCUGCCCAGUGCUUCAUUAGCCUCCUUGUUAUGCAUCUCUGGACUAGGAAAUUAUCUGGCUCCGUUGAUCAAUGGAAGGAUCUGUCUGCUUCGAAUGUGAUGCUCAGAGAUCUGAGUAGAAAGACUGAGAGGCAAUUUCUCUUUCCCUUUUCCUCUCAUGCUUAUGUAGUUUGGAAUAUAUGUGAUUUACAGGAAUGGGAUACAGAUGCCAUCCCUAUGUUGCAAAUGGUACUGUGUGUGUGUAGGGGGCUUUAUUUCGAAUCUCAACUCAGGCAAGAGCUUGCUAGGUGUCAUUAAGUCAGAUGUUGACAGGCAGAUUAGAGUGUUGGACUAGGGCCUGGGAGAGACCAGUGUUCGAAAUCCCGCUAAGCCAUGAAGCUCACUGGGUGACCUUGGGCCAUUCACUGCUUCUCAGGCUCACCAACCUCACAGGGUUGUUGUGGGCAUAAAAUGGGGAGGAGGAAAACUACAUUGAACUCCUUGGUGGAAAAGGUGGGAUAGAAAUGCAGUAAAUAAAUAAAAAAAGUAAUGAAAUGGUUUGAGCGACAACGCUCAUCAGCCCUGACUAUGGGCUGUGCUGCAUGAGACUGGUGGGAAUUAUCCAAAACACAGAGGUGGAUGGGAAACAAAGCUGAGAGUGGCUGCCUUAGGCAACCCUCAACCUGCGCAUUUUUGGUGCAAUAUAAGGAUGAUGAUAAUAUCAGACUACCUUUCAGGGUAGUUGUAAGGAUUGCUGAGCUGCUGUUUGUGGAGUGCUGUGAACACCUUCAAUGUCUAUGUAAAUUAACAGUAAAUAUGAUGAUGAUGAUUUUACUUUAUCUCCAUGGGAGCAAGCAAAAGAUUUCCAAACUCAAACAGGUGCCGGGAAGCUCAAGGUCAUUCCUGAAAGAGGUAGCUGCUCUUCCAUGUUUAAUUCCUACCUAAAAUGGGAGACACCAUGAGGCUCAAGCUAGAGAGUGCGGAUUAAUAUUUCUUCCAACAUCUAAACAGAGUGGAAUCAAAUUUAUCCUCCCUCCACCCCCCACUACAAAAGCACUGAGGCUUCAGACAAUGCAAUAGAGCUGCCAACUUUUGAAGCAGCCUCUGUAGCUCUGCCUGUAACGGAUGUGAGCAGCCUCAUCUGCCGACUCCUGCAGGUCCAGUGCCUGUUAAAGGCACAAGAGCAAGCCAGGCCUCCUUUUCUCCCUUGCCCUUACAAUCCAAUCAAUGGCCAGUUGUUGACAACCCAACAUUGUUGAAGAAGACCGGCUUCUUGUCACGAGAAGGUGCAGGCACCCACUUGCCCUUUGCCUGGGAGUUUGCUUUGUGAUCUGCUGGCUGGUGUGGUGCUCGAAGAGCCAUAGUUUCCUCCAGCAAAAUUUGAGCAGCAAAACUGUCCAAAGGGAGAGGGAGGGGACAAUUUGCCCCCUCCUUUCCCAACUGAGCUUCCCAUGAAAGGGUCAAGUAUGUGGCUGGUGGGAGAGUCCAUUGGGUCUGGUUCUUGAAGCCAAGGAUACCUGAAGUACUGAGAUGCUUCUGCUGAAGACGAGAAGCACAUGGCAAUCAGGGGCUUCUCUAAGAAAUCAUCUGGGUGUAUUCUCAAGUAUAAAAUCCCAGUGCUAGCUAGCUCACUGUUCCAGAUGGCCUUUAAUAGUGUUUCAAAAGAGGUGCAGAGAACAGGGAUGGUGAACCCUACAGCCCUCCAGGUGUUGCUGAACUCUCAUCAGCACCAGCUGUGUGGCCAGUUGUCAGAGAGAAUGGGAUUUGUAGCCCGUGCCCGUGCUGCAGGCAGUAAUGAGUUACGACGACUAAAUGGAGCUUCCAUGAACAGGAGGAGUCUACCUGUGAACCUCAGGUGCUGGAAACAAGCAUUGUAUCCAUGUGUUACUUUCAGGUUUCUCAGACGCUUCUGCUUGAAUGAAUGUUGGACUAGAUUGAACUUUGGUCUUUUUCGUUCAAUAUUACUCCCACGUCAGGAACUCUUAUCAUCACGAUUUCCCUGAGUACCAUGAGCAUUAAUAACACUGAGAGAGGGAGAAAGGUACACACACAGAGAGAGAGAGAGACUUCCUUUGUUGAAGAUGCCUGCGUCUGCAGUAUCCACAUUUCUGGAUUUUAAAAUGUGUUAAAUGUGUCUGACUUCUAGUGCUCUAAAUGUUGGCGCUCAAAGAGUCAGCACCCACCGAUCUAGUAACCAAUCCUAUGAGAGGGGCAUACUUAUGCUUUUGAAUUGAAUAAUUGAAAUUCCUUUCCUUCAAUGGAAAGGAACAUCGUUCAGUGGCAGAAUAUCUGAUUGACAUGCACUGUGUCCAACUUUCAAUCCCUGAUAUUGCCAGUUGGAUCUGGAAGAGACGCCCUGAAUGAAAGAGAACAGCACCCUGCCUGGAGAGACACUGCCAGUCAGUGUAGACAAUACUGAGCUCAAUGGACCAAAUGGUCUGACUCAGGAUAAGGCAACUUCCAAUGUUCCUAAUGCUUGGAAAAUUCAGUACCAAUAGACUGGUAGCUAUUCUAUUUUACUUAUUCCCGUAAUGUAUUUUUUGCCCAGUCUUCCUCACAACUGAUCUCAAGGUGGAUGAAAAUUCCCUCGACGUACAGGGCAACGAAGGCAUGUAAAGCCACCAGGAUUCCUGACCAACCUACCUUGCAUGCAGAAGAAUCCAACGGCAUCUCUAGGGCUGGGAGAGACCCCUGCCUGAAACCCCCUACCUGCUGCUGCCCAUCACUGUCAACAGCACUGAGCUAGAUGGGCCAUAGGAAUGCAGCUUCUUAUGACCCCCAAGUUCUUACAGCUACAGAUCCUUAAGAACAACAGAUUAUGAUUCAGAACUCCAACAAUAAUAUGGAUUAAAAUGGAUGUCACCAAAUGCCUCAGCAAAGAAAUGAGGCUUUGCCUGGAGCUGGAAUAAAAAGAAAGAGUCCAUAUCAGACAUACCUCUGAGGGGAGGGCGUUCUACAAGCCAGGGACCAUCACAGAUAGGAUCCUUAUCAGGCUCAGAAAAAGGCUUAAUUCUUCCACUGUGGGGUUUGAAAGAACUUAACCCUGACUAGAUCAGUGCUGUGCUCUUUUACUCUACUGCAGGGAUAUAGACUUCUAUUGGUGUGUAGCAAGGGUGGUUUUUUUAAAAACUGAACCAGUUUUUAUAUCAUUGCAGAAAGACUUUUUUUUGUAUUUUUAAAAAUAAUUGAAAUAUUACAACAGUUCAUUCAGCUUUUUAACUCUAUUAUCAAGCACUGCAGUUUUGCGUUCAUUGGGUCAAAUAGUUCAGUUAUUCCGAUUAUUUCAAUCAAACAUUGAAUAUUAUGAUAUUAUUCAUUAUGAAUUUAUAUAGCCACCUCAUGGAAAUGCAUCUGGAUGCAAGAAUUAUCCUUGUCGUUCUCUGAAAAAACAAUAUAGUUCGGAUUCUGUCCAAAAUAUAUACAGUGGUAUCUCUGGUUACGUACUUAAUUCGUUCUGGAGGUCCUUUCUUAACCUGAAACCAUUCUUAACCAGAAGUACCAUUUUAGCUAAUGGGGCCUCCCACUGCCGCUGCACUGCCACCACCACCAUGCAAUUUCUGUUCUCAUUCUGAGGUAAAGUUCUUAACCCGAGUUACUACUUUCGGGUUAGUGGAGUCUGUAACCCGAAGUGUUUGUAACCUGAGGUGUUUGUAACCCGAGGUACCACUGUAGGGGGGAAAGUAGAUGCUGUGAGUUUUAUUGAAACAUGCUGUCUAAAAUCUCUUCAUGGAAAAAUAUUAGUGACUUUUAAUUGGGGGGGGGGUCUGUUGGGAUACUGCCAGGGAGAUAAAGUCCAUCAUGGCCCCAAGCCGUCUGCCGGACGAUCCAUCGACCUCCCGUAGGCACGCAGUAUCAUCAAUUAGCGACAUGAGUUUCUAGAAGAUUUCUUGCCACAUUCCAGAGCUCAUGCACACUCUAUCAGCAGAUAAUGCACAGCCAAAAGUUGCAAUCAGGAGAGCAUUAUUUACAAGUUUAUUCAGCGUUGAUCAGAACACAGAAAAACGUGACUGCCUGCUUUAGUGUCUGCGACACAGAGAGAAAACGAAAGCAACAGAAAACAUAAACAUCCUGCGAACAGGAAAUACGCAGACUCUGGACUCACAAAGCCUGCUCCCUUUUAAGGUGGAACGGAAAUAUCCUAACAUCCUCCCCUUUCCGUGUAACCUGUAGUACCUGUGGUUCAACCCAAUUGCAACCUUUGUACGUAAACCUUAAGUUGUUCUCUGUUAACAACCUUAGACAACAGAUCAGCAGGAAUUUCAUUUCCUGGCAUGUAGGACACCUGAAUGAGUCCUUUCUGAAUACACUCUCUUGCACGAUGUAGCUUAAUCUGCAAGUACUUGGUCCUUUGCUUGCAACUCUCCGAGUUCAGCAAAGCCAAACACGAUCUAUUGUCUUGAUACACUUGUACAGGACAUUUCACAGAAACUCUGAUGUCCUUAAACAGUUGCAUCAACCAUUCACAAUCCAUGAGUGAAAAUGACAGAGCAUUGAGUUCUGCUUCACAGGAACUUAGGCUCACUGUCGUCUGCUUUUGCACAACCAGUCAAACAGGCAGUGGUUGUACAUGUAGCAUACUCCAGAAGUGCUUGUACCAUCCGUGGUGUCACUUCCAAAACUUGCAUCUGCAAAGAUUUCAAGACCUCCAGUCUUCUGACUGGUGAACCUCAGCCUGUAGUGCAAAGUCCCUUUCAAAUAGCGGGCUAUGCGCUUCAGAGCUUUCCAAUCCUGAACAGUAGGAUUGUUAGCAUGUCUGCUAAGCAGGUUACAGCUUACAGCUAUGUCAGGUCUUGAGCAUCUAGCAAUGAAAUUCAACUUGCCUAGAAUGCAUCUGUACAGCGUUGUGUCAGAAAACGCUUCAGCAGUACUAUCUACCUGGUAACCUGUCACCAUCGGUGUGUCUGCUGGGUUUGCAUCAACCAAAUUCAACCUGGUUAAUACAUCAGCAAUUUUCUGUGUUUGGUGUACCAGAAAAUUACCUGCUUGGUCCCUCUCCACCUGCAGAGAAAGAUAGUUGGAUACCUCACCAAGAUCCUUCAUGUCAAAGUGCUCCUUCAGCUGAGCUAGGGUGCUUUGGUAGAAAGCCUGAUUCUUCCAAAACAUCAGAAGAUCAUCAACAAAACAUAAACAAUACAGUUUGUUUUGCCCCUCCUCCUUGACAAACACACAUGGAUCAGCUUUGCCCUGGUGAAAACCUAGAGAAAGCAAUGUCUCAGUGAGUUUUGUGUUCCAACACCUGGCACUCUGCUUGAGACCAUAUAAGGAUUUCCGCAGUUUACAGACCAUUCCCUUCUGUAUCUGCAUUCCAUCAGGUGGAAGCAUAAACAGCUCCUCGUCCAAAAUCCCGUACAAAAAGCUGUAUUAAUGUCAUGAUGGGAAACAUGCAGUUUCUCCUCUGCAGCUAUCUUGAGCAUCAGCCGAAUGCUCUCAUAUUUGACGGUGGGUGAGUAGGUCUCGUGGUAAUCCUGUCCUGGUACCUGUGAAAAACCUCUGGCAACCAAUCUGGCUUUGUGUCUGACAACCUUGCCAUUCUGGUCUGUCUUGGCCUUGAAGACCCAUUUGCUGCCAACCAGUCUCAUUCCUGGGACUACCGGUACCAGUUCCCAAGUUUGGUUCCUGUUCAAGGAAUCAACUUCAGCCUUCAUGGCAUUAAGCCAAGGCUCAGCAUCUUUAGAGGUUAACUCCUGAACCUCUUUGAAGCUUGAAGGUUCCCAUACCUUCUCUGAGCUACUAAGAACAGCAGUUGCUGUCUUAGCAAACUCAUCAGCAAAUCUCUUUGGAGGUCUGCCCUUGGUGGCUCUCUCAGAUCUGCGUACUAGACGCAAGUCUUCUGGACUCAUCUCCUCCUUCUUAGGAGAAAAGUGACCAAUGGUGAACAGUGGUUCUUCCAGUUCAUUGUCAGACGCAUCAGAUGGUCUGACUGAGGCCUUUGCGCUCUUGUAGUCUGCUGUGUCAUCACUGUCACUGACACCAGCAGCAGCGCCGCCCACUGAACUGGAAUCCGAACUCUGAUCAUCAUCGUCAUCAUCAUCCUCAGCAGCUUCCUCAGCUUUAGCUGCUUCUUUGACAUCACCUUCAUCCUCCUCUGGGUAACUCUGGAAAAUUCCCACAUUUUCCCCCCACUUAGGAUUGUACUCAACACUCUUUGUGAACUUAAUGGACUUAGAGUUGGUCAUCCACACCCUGUAUGCACCUUUUCGUACCCCAUGAACAAACCAUGUGCCCCACGCUUCCCAAGCUUGUUGCUCUGUGGGGUGUGUACCCACAUGUCAGAACCAAAGAUUCUCAUGUGUUUGAUGUUGGGUUUCUUACCAAACAUCUUCUCAUAGGGAGUACAACCAAUAGGUGAUGACAAUCUGCGAUUAUAAGUGUAAGCAAAAUUCGCCAGAGCCUCCCCCCAAUACUUAUCAGGAGAUUGGCAUCAUGCAACAAUGUUUUCAUUCCUUGCAGCAACGUUUGAUUUGCUCGCUCCGCAAGCCCAUUCAUCCAUGGCGAUCUAGGCGUUGACAAGUCAUGCUGGAUUCCCUUCUCAGUCAGGAAAGCUUCAAACUGCUGAGAAGUGAACUCCCGCCUCGAUCAGUAAACAGACAGCCAAUACGUUUACCGUGAACAUUCUCCAACCAAGCACAGAAUGCCUUGAACUUAGGAAACGCUUGCGAUUUCUGCUCGAGCAUAAACACAUGAAUGUACCUGGAAAAAGAAUCAAUUAGAACCAUGAAGUACCUUGCUCCACCCAAAGAGGGCGCAAGUGGACCAACCAGGUCUGCGUGCACUAGCUGGUAGGGUUUGGAAGCCUGCCUGCUAGACUCCUUGCCUUUUGGAGCAACCUUCACCUUGUUCUCUGCACAAGAUACACAUUUCAUGUGAAACUUACAGGGUUUGAUGUUCAAACCCUCAACCAUCUCUGGCAUCUUGGCCAGUGCCUUCCAAGAGAGAUGGCAAAACCUUCGAUGUGCAUCGUGAAUGCAUCCUGCAUGAAGAACUUUGUUAGUUUGUGCAACACAACAAGAAUCAACAUUAGACACAACAGCAGCACUGUCAUCAUAAGUUAUACAGAACAAGCCAUCCAUAAACUUUGCAUGCAAAAUGUCCUCUUUGCCUUUUCUGAUGACACAGACGCUCCUCUUGAAGGAAAUCUCAAAACCACGCCCAGUCAACUGUGGGACACUGAGCAAAUUGUCUGCAGCGCCUGGAACAUACAGUACAUCUUUGAUGGUCGUGUGCAGACUUGCCAGUUUCACAGUCCCUUCUCCCGCAAUUCGCAACGUCUUUCCGUCAGCCAGGUGGAUCUCACCUUCUUGAGGCUUGAAGGAGAUAAAUAGGUGGCGGUCCUUUGAGACAUGGCGGGUACAGCCUGAAUCAACAACAAACCUGGCCUUGGCCUUUGGAGCAGCUUUUGCAGCAAGCAAAACCUUGUUUUCCACCGGCGUGGGCUUUUGCAGCUUGCCCCCCUGCUCCUGGCCAUCAGACUUGCCUUUAGCCUUUGGUGAAGCUGUGCCAGUAAACAAAACCUUGUUUUCCACUGGCGUGGGCUCUUCACCCUCCCUCUGCUUCUGGCCAUCUGCAGGUGUCUGCCUCUGUUUACCUUUGCCCUUCCGGCCUCUGCAAAGGCGAUGACCUUGGCUCCCAUGAGAAACAGAGCUCUCAGCUGCCGACUCCUUGGCUCCCCCUGGAGGCUGGAAUGCUCCCCCUGCAGCUUGCAACCGGUGCCCUCAGCAUCCCUGCAUUCACUCGCAUUCUGGGAAACAGCCAGGACCUCCGAUGCAGUCAAACUCUGGGCUGGGAUGACUGGCAAAUGGGCUAUCUUCAAAGCAUGCCACAUCUUUCGUGCAGUCAGAUUGCCAGCUAGCGUCUUUAUUUCCUCCAGAGAGACGGACAAGACGAUUACGUCUAUCGCCCUCAAAUUCUCGGCCUCCCAUCUAUCUGUCAGAGGAACUGGAGGGGCUUCAGACACAGUAUGCCACACUCCAAACUGACGCAGCAAGCUCUCACACCACACAGCCCAGGUCCCAUAAUUGUGCCGAUUUAACUUUGGGCACUCAGGAGCCUCAGAAGCCUGGAAAAACUCCAUUCCAGCUUUUUACUUGAGCCUUGAGCCUUUAUGCCUUCAAAGACGUCUUAUCUUAGCAGCUCAUUAAUCUUGAGGCCUGCUGGGCUCGACGCCCAGACCAAUUAGGGCCUUCCGGACAUCAAAGCUCUUGCCGCGGCAAACAGAAAAGCCUUACUUUCGCUUUUCCUCCACAUACCUUUCAGCAGUCUGUCGCAGUCUUACUCUCCUGUAAGUGCUGUGAAUCUGGGCCCGAAACCUGUUGUUGGGAUACUGCCAGGGAGAUAAAGUCCAUCAUGGCCCCAAGCCGUCUGCCGGACGAUCCAUCGACCUCCCGUAGGCACGCAGUAUCAUCAAUUAGCGACAUGAGUUUCUAGAAGAUUUCUUGCCACAUUCCAGAGCUCAUGCACACUCUAUCAGCAGAUAAUGCACAGCCAAAAGUUGCAAUCAGGAGAGCAUUAUUUACAAGUUUAUUCAGCGUUGAUCAGAACACAGAAAAACGUGACUGCCUGCUUUAGUGUCUGCGACACAAGAGAAAACGAAAGCAACAGAAAACAUAAACAUCCUGUGAACAGGAAAUACGCAGACUCUGUGACUCAUAGCCUGCUCCCUUUUAAGGUGGAACGGAAAUAUCCUAACAGGGUCACCACAUAUUUUGGCAAUAGUACAUUUUGAAUUGUUUGCAGAUCCAGUGUUAUAUAUCAGUUUGAAGCUUCACAUCAAGCUUCCUCAACCUCCAUGAUCCCUAGCUAGCAAGACCAGUGGUCAGGUAUGAUAGGAACUGUAGUCUCAAAACAUCUGGAGGGCCGAGGUUGAGGAAGCCUGUUUCAGAUGCACUCCUUCAGAUCGCUUUUGAUUCAUUCUUUUGUCUAAAUUACUGAGUGAGAGAGUAGGGAGGGAUUUAUAUGAAAGCAAAUCAAGGGGGGCGGGAUGUGGCAACAUCAAAAGGAAUAGAAUUUUCCAGUAUGUGGUUUUUGGGAAGCUAUUUGAAUGCAAUGGAGUUGGCAGCCUUCCCCAACUUGGUACCCUCCAGAUCUUUUGGACUACAACUCCCAUCUGGCAUAGUCAGGUUGGUCUGUAGAAUCCUGGGUCUGAUGGGAGCAUCACUCUCUGGCUGUGGCUGAUGGGAGAUUGAUUGAUUUAUGUAUGUAUGUAUGUAUGUAUUGAUUGAUUGAUUGAUUGAUUGAUUGAUUGAUGCAUUUGUAUCCCACCUUUUCUUCCUCCGAUGACCUUAAGGUGGCAUACCUAGAUCUCUCCUGCCUCAUUUAAUUUGCAGAACAAUGCUAUGAGGCAGGUUAAGCUGAGAGGCAGUGUCUGGCCCCCAAGAUCACCCAGUGAGCUCCAUGAAUGAACUGGGGGGAUUUGAACCCUGGACUCUCCAAGCUCUUAGUCCAGCACUCUAGCCACACCACCACACUAGCUCUCUUUUAGCUGUCAGCCUCAUCUUAAUAAACCCCCUCUUGCUCUGCAGAUAUACUAGGUGAGCACCAUUUAGUAGUUAUUAGAUAUUUAAGUGCUGGUCUCGCAUUUCUUCCUAGACAUUGGUUUUCAUUUUAUUUUAAAAUCUAAUAGAAUUUGUAGAGGAUCUAACUGCAAAGUGUAUCCAGUUAUAGUAUUUAUAUGGAUUACAAACCCCCCCCCCCAAGAAAAAGCCUACUAAUUUUUCCCAGAUGUAGCAUGCAGACAUUGCCCACACUUCCAACCUGUGACCUUGGCAUUAAGAUAUAUUUACUAUUUUCCCCAGACGGCAUAUAGUCAGAUACCAGCAAUACAAUAUUCUGAAUAUAACAUAUAUUGAAAUAAAUUUAUUUCACAUUGAUUCCCCCCCCCCAAUGGGACAGGGAGCUUUCAGCCAUCCAGAGUUGUGGCUACAUAAUUCUAGACUUAAUUGUAUUGCAGGAGGCCCCCUUUCUAUGGGGUAUGACUACAUUACACACAUUUUCCCCUUCCCCAUCCCCUGCCACGUCAUUCCAUGUUUUUGCAUUUCGUUUUACAUUGCAUGUUUUUAUGUAGUUUAGUAUAAUAAUUAUGCUUGGUUGUGGGAGGAAACUUCAAAGCAGUUUACAAAAAAGAUAAAACAAAAAAAUUAUCAAUAAGAAAAAAAUAGCAAAAAUAAUUAAAAUUAUGAAAAGUUUAAAAAACAAAUUAAAACUCGCACCAGCUUUCUAAGCAUCUGGGUAGGCUUGUCUAAACAAAAAUGCUUUUAGCAGGCUCCAGAAAGAGUGCCUGCCUCAUAUCAAUAGGCAGGGAGUUCCAAAGUGUAGCUGUGGCCACACUAACAGAUCGAUUGCCUUUAAAUUCCUGAUACAUUAGAGAGAAGAGUUUGUCAACCCCAAUAUUUAUAAAAGAAAUACUCUGAGCAUGUGCAGUUUCACAUUCAAUUUUAUUUUUUAACUGUUUUUAUUUCAUUCUGCAAUAUAUAAUAAACAAGAAUGGUGACAUUUCCAUCAUAGCACCAUCAUAGCUGCAGUAUUUCUGGCUACAGCCAUGCACAUGGAGCCUGCCACACAUCAUCCACUGAAGUGAAUGGAGAAUUCUGCAUGUGCAGGCGUUUUGUGGCCACCCACAGAGGCUGGGAACCUCAAGACUCGAGGUGUAAAUGCAGCCCCCCACGCCUCUCUAUCUGGCCAUCAGAACUCUCCCCAAGGCACAGCCUUCGCUGGCCACGAGUGGCUUGGCCUGGCUCUGAUGUGUCCUUGAACUCUAAUAGCACCUCUUCCUUGUCUGGAUGGAAGAUAGCGUGUGGUAGGUCAGUGUGUGUCGAAACUAGCCCAUUGUACAAAGGCAAAAUGCUCAUUCAUUGUUCUGCCCCCUUUCCCUUCUGGCUCCACCUACCACAGGCAUCUGGCCCUCAGAAAGUUGCUCAGAAGGCAAUGCGGCCCUUGGCCUGAAGAGGGAUCCCCGUCCCUGAAGGAUACCACUGGUGCACAUUCAGUUCUCUGGUUGGAGUGAUGUGGGUCUAUAGGAAUGUGGUUGUCAGAGGUCCUUGCCAUAUAUACCAGCCCUUCCGUCGCUCAAUUUUCCUCUGGCAUCUCCCCAGCCCCAAGUUAAAUUUCCAGGGGGAAAACCCUUUUGUUUGGGCUUCCGCCAUGAAAUUAUUAUCGCUUUUAUUUUUGAUUGAUUUGCACAAUAGCGUUCUAAUCACACGCUCAAAAUGUUGUACAGUAAAACCAAAUCUUGAAAGCAGCAGGAAGGAUCACCUGCCACCAGCGAAGCACUUAACCAGCCUCAGGCACCCCAGGAAAAGCCCUCGCAGAGGCCCAAUAUUAUCCACUGUUUGGGCUAUAAUGAACCAGAACUUGACACGGAUCCAGGCUUUGGGGGGGCAUGGAAGGUGCCAGCGGGAAUCCAGGCUCACUCCUUUGAUUAAGGCGGCCUCCCACUGGGCUAAAGAACAGCUCCUGCCCGAUAACUAGCGCCUUAUCCCUUUGCUCAUGUAUAUUGACAGAACUCAGCAAUGGGUCAAUAACAGGCUGCCAGUUCGGCGUCUGCUUGAAGACACACGAUCUGAGAUUUCUCUACAGCAUUUUGAAAGAUGGAGGAGAAGCGGAAGACACAGCAGACUGCCAGAUUGCUCUGGCCUUUUCAGGCAGGCUGACAACUCCUGGAACAUUUCUGAUGACACUCCAUCACCCUCGCUUCCUCUAAUGAGUGCCAAAGAGUUUGGGAACAAAACGGGCCCACCACCCAAAAAGAGGAGGGCACCACAGAGCUCCUGUUCCAGGCUGACUCUUGGGAGGUGGGCAUACACGGCAACAUUUCAUUUUCUCAAAUGUUUAGAGUCUUCUUGUUUUAAAUCCUCUCUCUCUCUCUCUCUCUCUCUCUCUCUCUCUUUCUUUCUUUCUUUCUCUUCCUUUUUCUUUCUUUCCCUAUAAAAUUUAAAUGAUAGCUAGAGGUAUAUACUCCAAGUUUUGCCUAAUGGGCAGGGAUUGGAUCACUGCUAAGCCUCUCUGUAAGAGUCAAGCUGAACACCGUAUCAAUCUAUGAGACCCAAUUGUGCUAGAGGAAGAUUUAAGGGAGUGCCACUGGUUGUCACACUCUUGGCACCGACUUAGAAUGGAAGGCGAAAUGCUGGGAGGGGGAAGAGAAUUGGUGUUGCACAGGGCGCUACUGAAAUUUGCAAGCCCAAAGUCCUCCACUGCUUGUGGAUGAUGACCCUCUCCCCCACUCAUAUGAUGUCAAGACUGGUGGGGGAGGACUGGACAAAUUCAUGGAGAAGAAAGGGCUAUUGAAGCCUACUAUCCAUUUUGGCUAUGUUCUGCCUCCACAGUUGGAGGCAGAAAUGCUUCUGAAUACCAGUUACUGGGGAUUGCGGGUGCAGAGAGUGCUCUUGUGCUUCUGUCCUGCUUACAGGCUUCACAGAAAUGUAUUCGGUUGGCCACUGUGAGAACAGGAUGUUGGACUAGAGCCUGAUCCAGCAGGCUCUUCUUAUGUUCUUAAGAAGAUGAGAGGGGCAGAGCUUGUGAUGGCAUAAUGUGCCUGUAAAAGGGGUGGCAUAAGUAAAGAGUAUCCCUCAAAGUCAAUGAAGGAAGAACCCUACUUGAAUGGCUGUCCCCUGCCUGAAACUAGACUGGCCAGGCACAUGAGAGAACAGGGCUGCUGACCCUUUAAUUGCUUCUUUUACACAACUAUUAAAGGCAUGGGAGCCCUGGAUUCUGUUGCAUCAGGACAUUCAAACCUUUCUAACCGCAGAGCCACAAUGCAGAAAAGUCCCGUUCUGCAGCCAGUCACUAUACAGAAGUGUUCAUCAACCCUGGUGAGGAAACAGUUGACCAGAACAUGGUUUGGAGAGAUGCUCAUGUCUGGAAAACUAGGAUUAAGUAAGUGGGUACUUUAGUGAUGGGGCAUUUGAUGAUAGGCAGCCCUGUUUAGGGAAGCUUUAAAUGUUUAACAGACCACUGUGUUUUAAUACUUUGUUGGAAGCUGCCCAGAGUGGCUGGGAAAACCCAGCCAGAUGGGCAGGGUAUAAAUUAUUAUUAUUAUUAUUAUUAUUAUUAUUAUUAUUAUUAUUAAAACUUUGCACAAGAAACAAAAAUACCCAGGAGCCAAAGGAACUUUCCCCCAAUAAGGAUGGGGGAGAAAGGCUAGAUAGAUAACAGUUGUGUUCUCAGACCUUUUACAGGUGCUACGAUUCCAGACUUCAAAUAUAAAUACUCUCAAGAAUCGGCAACUCCAAGGACAAGAGGACCACCACAGGUAAAAAGCAGAGCCUUUUGCAUUCCUCCCAUCUCUCCUCCUCCCCCCUGACCUCCGCAUGUCUUCCCCACCCCUCCCAUGCAAUGCAGACCAAGGCAUUCUGACUUAAACAACCCCACACCCUGGCUCAGCAAGGUGCAGCAGCAUCUCCCACAAGUAUGUCCCAUGCACAAAAACAGGGGAUCUGUUGACUGCCGGGCCCCAAAUCUAGAUCAGUUCUUUCACUAUGCACUGGCACAAACAAAGGGGAGCCUGGUACCAUUGUAGGUGAACCAUCUGCUGGGUCCUGUUUUUCCUAGCAGGAUCAGAGCCAGCGGACAUGAACGCCAAGCUCCAGGGCCGCUCCUUGGUGCUUCUGGGUGAGGGCUGUUUCACUGGUGACAGCAUCUCCCUCAAGAAGCAUCUCUUUGGAUGCAGACCCCAGGCCAGCUGCCAACAAAAAGAAAUCAUAGAACUGUAGAGGGACUUCCAAGGGUCAUCUAGUCCAACCCCCUGUAAUGCAGGAACCGAGGCUAAAUGGAUGGAACCUGGCAGAUGACCAUCCAACCUCUGUUGACUAGAAGCACUUGGGGGCAGGACCCCCCUCCUCUGCCACUUCCCCAGGAGUUGUCUGCUGCAGCCUCUUCUCAUUGCUCAUUACUACCACUAACUAUCCCCAUGUCUCUCCACAGGCAACCAGGCAGCCCUUUGCACUCACGGAGGAAAAAGUGUUCUCCACUCCCCAGUGCCAUAGAGGACACAAGAGAGGCCUAGACCAGCAGCAGGUGACUCGUGAGAUGCCAGAUGUUCCUCUGUGGGGUCAUUACUUUCCCUGCUCUUGCAUGAGUCCUGUCCCUUUC